AAAGCAGCCGCUGCUCAGGUCUUAGUGUCAGACACAACAGGCAACAGACACAACCAGAGGUCUUGUGAAGUCCAUGUUUUAACAGGUCAGAGCUGUACUGGCGGUGCAAGGGGGUCCUACACCACUAGAACAAUGGCUGUGGUGACCACCACAGUGGUAACUGCGGCCCCUACUUUAAGGGCUUGGAGCACUGGGCUUUGUGACUGCUGUUCAGACUGCGGGACUUGCUGCUGUGCAUUCUGGUGCUUCCCCUGCCUGCAGUGCCAAACGGCCUCUAAGCACGGCUGGUGUUUAUGCAUGCCCUUGCUGGACCCAUGCUCCUGCCUGGCAGUCUCCUGUUGCCUGCGCCAGUCCAUCCGUGAGAAGCAUGGCAUCAGAGGUUCAUGUUGUGAUGACUGCAUGGCGGUGUAUUUUUGCUACCCGUGUGCGUGGUGCCAGAUGUCCAGGGAACUGAAGAUGGUGAACAAUUCUGGGCCCGCCGUCACCGUAGUCACCCAGCAGGUGAUUCGUGCCUAGGACAAACAUAUGCAGAUACUUGCAACACAGUGCAAUUCUUUUACCACAAAAUAAAGUCUUCAACUCAUGGUGAUCUGCUGACAUACUUGGCGGUGUUAAACUCAAUGUUAAUACCAAUGUAUAUGCCUCUGGGUCCGUGUAUGCAGCUCACACGGACCAACCUGGUAGGCCUAUAGCAUAUUUGGCUUUGUUUCUCUGACAAGGAAUCAACCCUUUCUUGAAAGUUCUCGGCGUAGAUUGCUACAUUUUGUUUACUUUACUUUAGUUUUACUAUGUUCUUGUUUGUUCUUAGCCUACAUGUAUGUGCUUUCAACUGGAAUUUGAUUUUCAUAUUGUUCUGAAAGCUCUAACCAGCCAUAUUAUUAAACAGAAAAAAAUAAAGGUUUUCUUCGAAUUCAGAUGUC